AUGGAUCGAACGCCCGGGGGGUCGCGAACGCGCGGGGGCCAGCCCCCAUCGAACGACGCAACCCCGAACAACAAGUUCAAGGAUUUCUUCAGGAACGCCGACGAGAGGCUUCGCGACACGGGACGGAUGGUCGGGACGCGGCUCGGCGAGGGCAUAGAACGGAUACGGCUGAGGCAGGGUAGCCCCGGAGAGAGCACCCCGUCUCCAACGGGGCGAGGCAGGCGGAAACCGAGGGCCUCGCCCGGCGCCUGGUCCAGGUUCGGGCGCAAAGACGCGCGGGUCGCCGAGCAGGAUCUGGCAGCUCGGCACGAGGGCGCCACUAGGGACCGCACCGAGCUCUUCGCCCAGAUGCGCACCACCGCGAAGUACGUCCGCGAGACGGAGGCAAAGGAGCAGGCCGAGAACGAGCUGAGGUCGCGGCUGGAGCGAGAGGGAUGGUCCAACGGCUAUGACGCGAACGACGACGACGACGACGACGACCGGUUGACCCCCGGCAAGAGAAUCAGAAAUCUCUUCACGCGGCGACGGCGACAGAGCGAGAAGGAGGAGGACGCGAGCGACAAGGACGAGCUCGAGGAGGUAUCCCCGCACUUCAUGGCCAUGUGCGAAGCCGCCGACGCCCUGGCCCCGAUACGCCGCAAGAUCGAGAACAACCUCCUGCCCCAGUACGAAUCCUUUGUCGCGUCGUUGAGCACAGCCGCGGUCGCCGCCGCCGCCCCGGAUGCCCAACCCGCCGCUCAGACGAACGUCGAGACGCACCUCGCCACCUUACUCCUCGUCGAGCAGGAGCUUCAGGGCGCGCUGAAGCUCCUGAAGCAGUCGCACAUGCGAGCCAUGGGCCUGCGGGUCACCCUCGGCGAUCCCGCGGAGGAGUGUCUGAAACGAAACGUCGUCAACGCGCACAUGAUCGCGAGGCAACACCUGACGGGGAAGUUCAAGCGCGCCAGGGACAGCGUGAGCGCCAUGCUGAAGGGGAACGCCGCCGCGAAGGUGGUGGCGCAGCAGCGCAUGCUCAUCGCGUCCGCCGCCGCGUACGACGAGCUCGAGAGGUUCUAUAAGCGGCUGGUCAGGCUCGGCAACGAGGCGGCGGCGCACCAGGCGGUGAGCGACGCCGGCCGCGAGGGCGAACGCGUCCGGGCCGCGUUCCUCGCCGCGGCCAAGACGACCAAGAACGCGCUUCGAGCCGCGUUCGAGGAGAGCACCAACGUCAAGAAAGGGACGUACGGGAUCGAGUCGGAGGUUGACGGGUUCAAGCCCGGUUCGUGGGCGUACGAGGGUACGAUGGAGGAGACGUGGCGCGCGCACUGUAAGGGCGUCGACGGCGAGCUGGCCAAGUAUAAGCGCGCGGUUGGGUCGCCGACGGUACGCGCGGCGCUGUGCCUCCUCCCUCGGGAAGACGUAGACGGCGCCGACGUAGACGGGGACGAGAGGUCGGUGGACGCGGCGGACGUGGGCAACGCGGCGGUGGAGCUCGUCCGAGAUCAGCUCAGGAACGCGGUGGACGCCAUAGAGGACGCGGCGAGGGCGUGUGCAUUGAUGACCGCGUCGUCGUCGGGCGGGUCCACGCCGAGCACGCCGAGCGGCGGCCGCGCGGGGGAGGACGAGCGGACGACGCCGGGCCAUGGACGCGGGAAUUUGUUUGGUCGAACCGCGGCGGCGCUGGUGCCGGUUAAAAACGCCGUCGCGGAGCUGUUUCGGGCGUUGCACGCGCUCGCCGCGACCGCGCGAAGGGUGGAUGUGGGGGAUGGCGGCGCAGAGGUCGGUACGCCCACGUCGGAGUCCAAGAGGAGCCCGCUCGCGAAGGUCAAGACUUGGUGGAAGGAGAGGAUUUCGCCCGGUUUCAGUCACUCGGGUUCGCCGUCGCCAAACAGGUAG